AUGCCUUCCACGCUGCUGGAUCUCAGAUCGCAACUACUAUUCUACAAAAAGUACCAUCAUGAACAGGUUAAUGUCGCUAUCCAUUCGGUUUUUGUUCCCACGAUUCUCUUCAGUAGUGCCUCUAUGCUUCAUCGGGUCGUCCUAUACAAGGAUUAUACACUAACAAGCCUGCUCACGACGUGCUAUGCGAGUUUUUACCUGCUGUUAAACCUACCCGUGGGCUUGCUGGCCACUGGAUUGUUGAUUUUGAUGAAUGUUGCGAUCGAUUCGCACUGGGUACCACUUACAUUCAACCAGGAACUGAUCUUGUUCACCAUCGGUUGGGUUUGUCAAUUCAUCGGCCAUGGAGUGUUUGAAAAGAGAAGACCUGCUCUUCUGGACAAUCUGGUGCAGAGUCUAGUACUAGCACCGUACUUUAUCCUGUUUGAGUUAUUAUUUCGGCUUGGGUUUAUGCCAGGACUGAAACAGCAGCUCGAAGCAGACGUCAGAGAUAGUUGA